AUGUCUUCACUUCUUGCCUUUUCAGCUGGGAAUGCAACAGAUUGCCUCCCAUUUGUUGCUGAGGGACAUCAUGUGGGUUUUGUUCGGUGGGAUGUGCUCAAGACACUGAAGGAUUUCCCAAAUGUCUUCACCUUUCAUAGCCAUUGUGUGGAGCUCAAUCAAAACCUGAAAACUUAUGAAGAGAGGUCAUGGAGAAUGGCAGAAACUUUAGAGGUGAUGCGACAGAAAUACAACUUCCCAGCUCUUCGUGGAUGGCGAAAUGAGGUUUGCAUGGGUCUCCUUGCACCAAUUAAUUUUCCCAUUGUUGCUGUUGUAAAGAAUCACAAGCUUUUAUGCCUUGUUUUCUCAGGCCUAUUUGGAAUACGACAGUACGGGGUGGACAUAAAUGGAUAUGUCAAUGACCCAGACCUUGGAUUCUGUAUGUGGCUGCAGCAGAGGUCUUUCACAAAGCCUACCUGGCCUGGACGAUGGGACAGCAUGGCUGCAGGGGGACUUACGUCGGGACAAGGAAUUUUGGAAAGUGUGUGCAAAGAGGCAGCAGAGGAGGCAAGUAUCCCUUCCCACAUACUGAAUGCUUCCCUACGUCCUUCUGGUUCCGUCUCGUUCUUCUAUGAAGAUGAACGGGGGCUUUUCCCUCAGACUGAGUUUGUCUAUGAUCUUGAAUUGCCUUUGGAUUUCAUGCCUGUGAAUGCUGAUGGAGAAGUGGAAUGCUUCCAGCUGUUUCCCUUACAUGAAAUCUUAGAAAAGAUUCACAGCAGUGAUUUUAAGACCACCAGCUGCCCAGUUGUUGUUGACUUCCUUGUUCGACACGGAGUGAUCACUUCCGAGAACCAGCCAGAUCUGCCUCAGCUAGUGGAGAUGUUACACUCUCCAGUCCACGUGUUGUUUGACAGUAUCUCCCAUGGUAAGGAGCUCCAGGUACAGGUAGUAGAAGAGAACUCUGCUUCCCUCAGCCCAUCCCCUCUCGUGGUGACUACCUGUAACAGCACGGAAUCUGGAAAUCAUGCCUGAGGGGAAUAACAUCAGUUGGUCCCUGUUCUUCCUAUUCCUCAAAAGUCAAGAAAUCUGGAAUGAUCAUCCAAGUCCAACAUUUUAGUUCUCAGUCCCUCACCCAUGUGGAUUCUCAGGGCAAAGCAAACAUGGUGGAUGUGAGUGAGAAACCAGUGACCAAGAGAACAGCAAGAGCUUUGGCUCGGGUGGAGCUGGGUCAGGAAGCCUUUGUCCUGGUCCAAGAGAACAAGAUAAAAAAAGGGGAUGUGUUAGCUGCUUCCCGACUGGCCGGGAUAAUGGCAGCCAAGUCAACAUAUCAACUCAUUCCCUUGUGUCAUAAUGUCUCUCUCAAACACAUCUCCAUUGACUGUUCCUUGAAUCAAGAAAUGUAUUGUGUCGACAUUGAGUGUACUGCAACAGCGUUUGAUGUGACUGGUGUUGAGAUGGAGGCUUUGCUUGGGGCUUCAGUUGCAGCUCUCACAGUCUAUGACAUGUGCAAAGCUGUCACACACUCCAUUGUGAUAAAAGAAAUCAAACUCUUGAGUAAGACAGGAGGCAGGAGUGGUCGGUACCUCAUUGAUGAAAAUGGAACAAGAUGAUCUGCACUCAUGCUUAAGCUUGAGUCUGUGAUUGUGUAGAACUUGAUGAGGAUAUUAUCAUCUAGCAUAUUUGUUCAUUUAUAUUCAUGAAAAAAGUGCAUGUCAUGUUUUGAAGUAUCUUCCAGCAUUUUGCAAAUGAAGUUUCAGAGGGAUGGAAGCCUAUUUUAGUGCAAAAGCAAUUCUUAAGAAAUCAAGAGAAAAGAUAACUAUCAUGUGGCAAAUUGGACCUGAAUUCCCAUUUAGAAUCUCAUUCAGUGCAAUGAUUUGUGCGACUUCAGACCGGUACUGAUUUCUUCCUUGAACAUUUGAUCUCUCUUUGUGCAAGUC